UUUUAAAUGAGAAAUUUAUUGUUACAUUCAAAUAAAAGUAAAAGUGGAUGUCAUCUGGUUCUCCCAGGCGGGCGGGCGUUGUCAGACAGAGUCGAGCCCACAGGACGUGCAGUCAGUCUCCUUGCUAACAGCUACCAGCCAAGCCUCCGGAGUUAGCCACGGAGCUAGCCAUGAGCUAACGAGUAGCUAGCUGAGUCUCCGCCUUUUGCCACCGCAAUUCAGCGUUCGUCCAAAAACUCCGUGCCAAGGCAUAAUCAUUCAGCCUUUUGUUGCAGCGGCAGUUGAGACUGAUUUUACCCUCCUUCAUUUCACAAUCCUUCCCUCCACCUUGAACUUUCUCCCUUUCACACUCCGAUCUCUCGAUACACAGAGCCAUGGCAGCUGCUAAGCCAAAGGGGCAGAACUCUCUAGCCCUUCACAAGGUAAUUAUGGUGGGCAGUGGAGGAGUUGGGAAAUCGGCGCUCACUCUCCAGUUCAUGUAUGAUGAGUUUGUUGAGGACUAUGAGCCGACCAAAGCAGAUAGUUACAGGAAGAAAGUGGUGCUGGAUGGAGAGGAGGUGCAGAUUGACAUCCUUGACACGGCUGGACAAGAGGACUAUGCAGCCAUCCGAGAUAACUACUUCCGCAGUGGCGAGGGUUUCCUCUGUGUAUUUUCCAUCACAGAACUGGAAUCUUUUGCAGCAACAGUAGACUUCAGAGAGCAGAUUCUGCGAGUGAAGGAGGAUGAGAAUGUGCCCUUUCUCUUGGUUGGUAACAAGUCAGACUUGGACGACCGACGGCAGGUGAGCGCAGAUGAGGCGAAGGCACGCGCCGAGCAGUGGGGCGUGUGCUAUGUGGAGACUUCUGCCAAAACCCGUGCCAAUGUUGACAAGGUGUUCUUUGACUUGAUGAGAGAGAUCCGGGCAAGGAAAAUGGAGGACAGCAAAGAGAAAAACGGGAAGAAGAAAAGUAAAAGUUUGGCCAAGAGAAUUAGAGAGAGAUGCUGUAUUUUAUAGUGGUAAAAGAGAGCAGGAUAGCUGCUUAUGUACAUAUACAUUUCUCAGACUUUUGCAUUUAUUUUGUGCCCAUACCUGACCAUGACUUUCUGUUCCUGGCUAACAGGACAUCUGACCGUGUGUCAGGGAGUAGUAAGGUGGCACUCCAUACACCAUUUAUAGCUCUAACUUUUUAUGUGCUGACACUCCAAAUAACUUAUGUACUCUCUCUCUCUCUCUUACUCUGACCACAUUACAGUGUGUAAUAAAUGGAUGGUGUUUUAA